AUGACAGAAGGUCUGAAGCCUGGCGUUCGAGAAACACCCAAGCCCUAUAUCUUCAUCAAUGGCAAGUACUGGGUCGCGAAGGACCUUACUCUGGCCAACUUUGGCGAUCUGGUGGCCGCCGAGAAACCCGAAUAUGACUCUACCACCGCUGUUCAGGCGGCAAACAGACCCACGGUUGAUGAGCCAAAGCCUCAGUCGGAAGGCUACGCGAAUUUCCCUUCUCUGGCCGAAAUGCGACCUCCUCCCAUGAUGCCCGCUGGCGCCAAUGUCGAUCGCAAAAUCUGGGACGGCAACAUCUCGAGAAAGAUGAAAAGAGAAGACGAAGACUUCAUGGCGGCAGCGAUGACCGAUGAGAAGAACGACGAGGGACCCGUUGGACAUCCUGAAGAGCACACGAAUGUAAUUUUGAACAUUCCUCGGGAGCCUCAUCUUCUCAUUUUUUCGCACCCUCCGCCUCGCCAUGCAGUCCUGCCCUUUGACGAUCUCCACGCGUACCAUCCAGCUCUCGCGCUGGAUGACUUCGAGCACCAGAAGCAUGCACCUUUGGCCCCAAUGGCCCCUUGGCACCCCAGCAACAUUCAGGAGCCAGAGGCUCACCAGAAUGAUCGUGCCUUGGAGGCCGUCAACAACUGCAUCAUCGCUGGACAGCAGCCGCAGAUCCUCCCUGGUCUCGCCGACAACCGCUUCGAUGAACACACGCCGCACUAUUAG